CUGAUCUGACUAGGGCCAAUAUUGUGUCGUUCUAGAAACAGCUUCAAACCAUCCGCCAAAUAUCCGUCCUAGGAAGCCUAGCAUGGAUAAGGCUCUCCGCAAUAAAAGCAUGUCACUACUCCUGCUACUCUGUCUAAAAGUAGAAACACCCCUCACCCUCCAUUGCCGUCAACUCGCCUCGUAUAAAUGUUUCCCAACCGCGCCAUUCGAAAACCAACCCAAUACCCGAGCAGUCUACUCUCGUCAAGAACCCAUCAAACACGUUUCUCCAUUUUUGUUCCCCCUGAUAACCUUUCCUCAGACACCUGCCAAACCCUGAUCUGCAGGUGUAGUGACGUUGGGAAUUUCCACCUGGGGGGUAGCGUCACUAGGCACGCCAUUGCGCACAAAGCGUAACUGGGGCGGACGUAGAGUUUGGGCAUUCUUUUCGGCUGGGGGAUCAUGCAUAAGGUCUGAGGAAAGUGUGUGUAUUGUAGCCAUAGCUGAAGGGUACUUAUGUCAUUAGAUAGGCGUUAUAGCGUGUUUGUGGGAUUACCAUCUAAUUCCUCUAUCAUGCAUGCCAUGACAGGUGAUGGGAGCCCGAUGGCUUUGCAGGCUAUGAUAGGCUGCGAAUUGAUGGCCACUCUCAUAACAAGAAGGAGUUUAGGGUUCCUGCGUAGUAUAAAGGGUUCCGGAAAGUCGUAUGAAACAGUAUUGCCCAACUGUAUCCUGGUUUGGAGAUGCUUCGGAGACGAGGUUUCACCUCCGCGAUAGCAAGUGGAAUUGUGAUAUAUCCACCACAGUAUUCGAGGUUUCUGAGCCCCAUUGGGUGUCAGUACAACGCUAGCGGUCAGGCGAAUUUUUGGACUGUAUAAGCAAUCUCCACAGUAAAUGUGUAUUAAUUCCCCAUCCACGAUUGUCAUGAUGCGGGUAAGCUACCGCAAAACCGGAAUCCUUCUGUAUGGCCAGGGCUCAACUCCUACUGCCGGUAUUACUACACAGUUUGUUUGGCCCUGUUUGGGGCUCCCGAGUCACGCACACGCACGCGGGCCACAUAGUUCACCAACAAGUUCCCCUUCUUAUCCCCUCCCCUCCCUCCUCUCCUUCCUCCUUUCCCUCUCUCCCCGCAUCAACUCGUCACAGAAAUCUUCUCCGCAAACACCUUCGCAUAUCACCCAAAAAAAAACUCAACCCACUCAAAAACACAAAUCGUCCACCAACAAAGAUGUCCAAAUACUACGUCUACCAACGCGCCCCAAACGCGCACUAUCCUUUCUGGCACUAUCAUUAUGUGCGCACCACCGUUCCGAAGUCCAACCUUCCGAAUAUCAUGCAGGAGCGCCCGUUAUAUGUCUACGACGACAUCACUAGGGCCUAUUCUCCUAUCACUGGCUUCCUUGUAGAGGGAGUCACGCAGGUAAAUUGUUUUCCCACCCCUCUCUCUCCAACCCAGGGCUUGGUGGCUAAUGGGUAAACCAUAACAGCUGGUUUAACCACUCCUCCCCAUCCAGUGGAAAAAAAAAAAGUGGCAGAAUAAAAAACUCGACCCUCGUUUAGGCAAACAAUCGUCCUCCUAUUCGGUCGUUCGAAUGGGGCAAGUAAACAGUGGUGGUGUUUUUCAUUUCUAUUGCUCUGGAGUGGUAUAGUAUUUUCGGUUUUCAAAAAAAAAAAAGAGGGAAAACCCCCUCCGAAAGUGUCAGUAGGAAGGAUGUUCUUUGUCAACUUGAUGCCUUCCUGAGCUGAGGCGAUGGGGAGGGAGAGAUGGAAACUGCAGGGAUCGGUAGUGUUCGGACUACUUGGUUGUCAAUUUUUUUUUCAUUUCAUUCAGCUUCCCAGCUCUGUCAUUGCACUUGUAGGUGGGGUCACUUUUGCUUUAAAAUAGGGAUACAAAUUUCAAAGUUGUCUCAUCACACUCUCUCGUCCCAUGGUAAUGAUGGCAAUUGCGGGAAUUGCUUGGCUUGACCGGCAAGGGGAUACAGUAAGCGCAAGGCUGCUCGUAUGCAGGCAAACACGAUCCCCCCGUAACACCCGAGUCUCUAUUUCCCCCCGCGUGAUCCCUCCCUCCCCAUCGCUAACUCCCUCGCCCGCCGUUUGAAAAGUGAUCUUUUGACCCGAACUAAAGCUAUUCCUCAUAUCAACAGAAAGGAAUAGGCAAAACAUAGGCAAACAAAGAUCCUACGUCAUUGUGUGCCAGAAGACGCAUGUGCAGGGGUGUGAGCCUGAAUGCCCUGGCUGAGCAUAGCAACCGGAUAACGUGGGUUCCGUGGAUUGAAUUGAUUCCCACGUUGUCACUUUGAACCUUCAGGUAUUACAUUGUUCUCAACGGAUCACCCCUCCUCUACAUACCUCAACUUCAGGGGGGCCUUCCUUACGAUACUCGCCACAAUGAAAAGCCGCCGACUGCAAUACCCCAGCUGCUCUCCCGGGCCGCCUUAACAGGCGGAGGGUUAGGUUGGUGACUAUCGUGCGCUAAUAAAAUGCACCAAAAAAACGAGUGCCCCAAGCGGUGUUGAGCGGUUACCACAAGUUCAAUCGUUAUCAUACAAGCGAAGCGGCCUGUAGAGGCUGUUUAGAAAUACAUAGGUAAAGUCUGGGGACAGGCCUUUGAUUUUAACGAGUGCUCAGAGGGUUGCACAAAUUAUUAAGAUACUCUAUUGGGUGAGGGUAGAUCCGACAAGGAUCUCUACAGAAACAGCACUAUCCCUGGAGCGGCGAUGGAUACCAAUCCUCCAAAUCGUGCUAGAUAUUGAUAGAAAGCUGGGGCCCGGACAGUCCCAGAAGAGGGUGUGCUGCCUUGGAGACCACGAAAUUCAACCUCUGGGGAAGCUGUAUUUUUAUGCUGUAAAACUCAAAGCUGGGCUGCAAAGGCUAUGGUAUAAGAAGGAAUUAUUGGAGAGACGUGGCGAGACCCCCAAAAUCCGCUCUUGUUAUACUUUUGAGAAUAUCCUGCACUGACCGAGGUGUUUAGCUUAUCCGAAAUCUUGGAUACUAAGUUUGGCUAUUAAACUGCAUUGAGGUUGGACUAGUGUAUUAGUCAAAGUGCGAGAAUGACCGGAAAACGCCAGUAUUCCACCAGAGUCGGUCCUGGUGUGCAAGCUCUUUUUGGUGGACGAACCUGGCGCAUUAUUACAGUGCAGGGGGUGCGGAGUACCUGAGGAAGUCGAUCCCCCUGCGAGGGACAUGUCUUCUUCUGCUUUCAAGAUAUCUUGGCAGGCAUCCGUGCACAUCUAGGAACCACUAGCCGAUAAUGGAGUAGAGCCGGAAUAACGUCAGUACUAUUUCAUCCUUGAAUGGGGUGUCUUCUAGUCCCAGAUUGGCCCUCUCGCUCACUCACUUAGGAUCGGAAAUAUUCUGCCUGGAAGCCUCCGGUUUACGGCAUUGGGACGUACCGAAGAGUUCUUUGCAGCAAACCAUUUGUAUGGAACCGGAACUCUACGGUCUAUUCGGUUUUUUUCUGGUGCCCACUAAAUCCUCGGCUGCCUGGGGAUUACGAUUACGGGUAAGCACUCUUGCAGGCCGUGUUAGUAUCCUUACUCAACACCGGCUGUCGAUCGGGAACAAGCAAGGAAUUAAGAUAAACUGCAAUAAGAGAACUGGCCCUUAGGAUUGAGGACGGAGCUGUAGGGGUGUGCUGCUAGAGCAAUGUGCGUUGAUUAGUUUUUACCGGACUCACCAUACAGUGAUGCAGGUUGAGGAUAAGAAUUGAGUGCUGAACCACCGAUACACCAGCAAUGUAAAGGACAGCAGUGUGAAGGCCCAAAUUUAGGGAAUAGAAUAAUACCUAUCAGGGAGUCCAAUGUUACACCUGGGAUUGAAGAUUCACGGCCGAAGCCAUAAUACCAAAGGGCUUAGCUCAGUGUCUAUAGUAUAAGCCAGCAUGGAAUAAUACUAGUUAGUAUGUCAAGCUAGUAGAUAGAAUAGCAUCAAAAACUGGUCUCAGGAGUGAUCCAAUCCUGUAAUUUGUAUUCCGAAUUUCACAGAACCUUACAGAACCUUAGCCCGGAGGCCAAAGGAAUACUUGGCUUAAAGAGGCACGACCUUGACCCUCUAACAGCGGCCCUACAGAUAAGCGUUUCUAACCUCGAAGAUAAGCAGAGAACCAACUUGGAUCGGGGUGAUACUGCCGUUUCAUGUAGAAGGUGGUCCCGACGGCGCUUCUGCUAGUCCGGCGAAGGGAUGCCGUACAUGCAAGCCCCCUUUUCUGUUGGUCCGGAGAUUUUGCGAUUCUAGAAUUUUGGCAGUUUCGGUUUGGCCCAACCCUAGCGAAAAUUGUAAGAAAGGCGCAAAGAAUGGUUCUAAAUAUGUUCCCGGUUACACCAUUAAUGAAUAUAACCACCAUCUACCACCAUUGAACCCUCUCCAUCAACCAACCGCAAGCAAUUCCCGCAACCUCAACCACCCCCCACAAGACGCCACAAGUCACCAUCGCUGAAACCGGAUCCAGGAGAAUAACUAUCAUCAAACCACCAAACAUCUCAAGCAGACAUGCAUAAAUGCCCACCACACAGUAACAAAUAAUCCCGAGUGACUCCAUGACACUCUCUCCCUCUCUCGGGACAUGAUUAUCCAACUGUGGAUGUGCAAAUUCCUUCCUCUUCUUCCUACUUCUGCGUCGGGAUUCGGCGGCAGAGGGGGAAUUAGCAGGCGUCUGCGUCGGCAAUCUUAACUUGGGCAACUUCGCCAAGGGGGAAUUCUGAGCUCGAGCUAGAAUCAUGGCAAUUUCCUUUUCGAACCUGGCUUUGGCGAGCUGGAGUUGGAAAUCCUGAAGAGGCGUUACUGCGGGGGAUGGGGAUUGCUAGUUGAGUUAGUGCCAGGAGUAUAGAGGGAGUAUAAGGCUGGCGUAGGCUACUGACACUUUGUGAGUGUUCAUUGGAGACGUCGUACUGUAGAGUUGCUUUAUCAAGAGCACCGCCC